AGUAACGCGGCCGUGGGUACUUAAACGAUUGUGCUGUGUCUGGCCCACACAUACCGCUGAAACCUGUCGAGCGCGCUGCACGUAAUGCUGCGGAUCACAGGCGUUUUAGAAUAAAGUUUGAAGUUUCGUAAAUAAGUGCAAAUUUUUUUAGUUGCGAAUCUCAACUUAAACGUGUAUCAAUUUUCAGUUCCAAGUGUUGUGAUAAGACUUUUGUAUCAAGAUGUUCUCCUUAGUGUUGUUUGCGAUGGGAAGUAUGCUCCUAGCAACUGCAGAGGGUUGUGGCGCUGGAAAACAAAUGUUAAAAUCUGGAGGAUUAACUGCGCUCGAGAAGCAAGCGAUCGUUGAUGCCCAUAACAGGCUCAGACAAUCAGUUGCUUUAGGGCAAGUUUCCAGUCAGCCUCCAGCAGCGAAUAUGAUGGAAAUGGUAUGGGAUGACGAAUUAGCAGCCACUGCACAAAAUUGGGCUAAUCAAUGCACUCCCGCACAUGACCGCGCUGCUCAACGUGACGUCGGUCGUUUCCCUGUGGGUCAAAACCUUGCCGCUACUUGGACCACUCGUCCUCCAUCCGGUCCCAGUGACUCGCAACCAGAUUUCAUGAAACAAAUAAAUGCUUGGUUCGAUGAAGUCAAGAUCUAUGGAUUUAAACCCAUCAACGGUGGACACGGCACAGGACACUACUCACAGUUGGUAUGGGGCGAAACUUCUCAAGUUGGCUGCGGCUACACGUUCUACUAUGACCCCUCAAGAGGUUACACCAAGCUGUACGUCUGCAAUUACGGGCCUGGAGGCAAUGUUAUCGGCUCUAAUCCUUAUGAGAAGGGUUAUCCAUCCUGUAGCAGCUAUGGUCUCUCCGAAUCUAGAAAAUACUCAGGGCUUUGUUCGGCUAGUUUUACGGCCUCAUCGAGCUUCCAGACUGUCGACAACACGAACAGCUAUAUCUCGAAUGUCAUUCCCGAAAGUACCGGGGACUCUCAAGCUUACAACUACCAGUAUAACAACCAAUUCAGCAACCAAUAUUACAAUCAGUAUCAAUACCAGUACCAACAACCAGAAACGUAUCACACGUAUCAUACAGAAACCUCAACUUUUAGGCCGAUCAUUAGUAUAUUCAAAACUGCAUCGAAUAUACUAUCUAAAUCUAAACCGCAAGUAAGAUUCGGUUCAUUUUAUCUAUAAUAUAAUCCUCGUGAAUUUGUAACAUAAACAGUAUUUUGUAAAUUAUAGUUGUGACAGUUGUGUUACUCGACUGAUUAUUCGAUCCCGGUUAGGGCCGGCUAUCGGAACGUUUUGUAGAUAAUUUUGUUAUUGCUCUGUAAUUUUAUAUUAAAAUUACAAUGCUGUCGUGAAUGGCCUUCUAGUAUUAGCAAAGAGUGUUGUUACUAUAAAGACUUUAUUUAAAUGUUUAGAAUAAAAUUAAAGAUAUACCAUUUCUC